AUGACAUUCAUCGGCUUUGUCAAGUUCAAAUUGAGUUCAAGAAAAGGGCGCCGCUCAGGGAAAACCAGCACAGCAUCCCCAAGAUCAUCCAGCAGGCGUACCUUUAUCAGCAGAUCAAGCGGCACGAAAUCAAGCAGCUCCCGCACCUCUUCCGCCAUCAGUCUCCUAAAAACCUCUUAUGAACUUCUGGAUAUACACGGGAAAUACAAACCAAUCAAGCAACCAAAACAGCCAAAGAAAUCAAAACCACCAAGCAAAGCCAGCUCUAUUUCUCUCUCUCUUCCAAGGCUCAAGCUCGUCAAGCACCGUGGCUCCUAUAACCUAUUCCCACGCAAGAAGUCUAGCAAUAAUCGCAGAACACAAAAGUCCACACAGCCAGAGCCCUUGAAAUUCAACCAAGACAAUUCAAAAGACACCCCAGAAACUACUACGGGGCAAGGGCCCGAGCGAGACACUACUCCAACCAUCCGUUGGCCGUUCCUCAACACAACAGCGGACGAAGACGACGACAACGACAAUGAAACCGAAGGCUCAGAGUCGCCCACUUCCUUCCCAACCUCGCUCUACUCCCACACCUCCGGCAACGUCGUCACCCGCGGCGCCGUAGCGCGCGGCCGCCCGACCCUCGUGCACGCAGCCGCCCUGGGCGGGGAGUGCGCCACACUGGUAGACGAGGACGACCCGGAGUCGUUGGAGAUCCUGGAGGCCAACCACCGAGCUGCUCAGCAGCGGACGCACAAAGUACCAGAUGCCGAGGCCCCGGAGCCACCCAAACAACUUUCCCGAGCCGAGAUGGAGGCGGCGCGACGGGACGCCGCCGUGCACGAGUGGAGAUGGCGGCUGUGGUGGUGA